GACAUCCUUUCCGCAAUAGCUCAACGUUUGAAGAGCUGUUCAACCGAAAACACCACCGACAAACUGUCCUUUUUAACAUUAUGCCAAUCGCAGGAUACCUUUGCGACGACCGGCCUUCCAUCUCAAAGAAACCGCUGUCUCGUGGCGGGCUGCCUGGCCCGUGGCGAAUAAAAGUUUAAACAGAAGGUUUUGUUAAAUGUUGAUUUUUCAUUUGCGAAUCAAUCCAAAAAUCCACUAAAUUUGACAGUCGCGAAUUUUCUCGUUUACUUGAGUGAUAUUUACGUUUGGAGAUACACAGAAUAAUUCUAGACAAAGUUUUGUUGCUGAUUUUGUUUCUGGAGUUUUGGCCGAAACAUAUUCUUCGCGAUGGCCGAAUCAGCGCGCAUGAACGAAGCCAUCCCGAAGGACCUGCGGAAUCUCCGUGCCUGCCUGUUGUGUUCUCUCAUAAAAAGUUUCGACCAGUUCCAGAAAACCGGUUGCGAGAACUGUGAAGAGUAUCUGGCUAUGCGUGGACAACCUGACGCUGUAUAUGAAUACACCAGCUCCAAUUUUGACGGGUGUAUAGCCAUGAUGAAUCCCACGCAGAGCUGGGUCUCCAAAUGGCAGCGAAUAGUGCCGUAUAUCCCUGGAAUGUAUGCUGUCAGCGUUUCGGGUAAACUUCCUCCUGCCAUCGUUCGAGAACUAAAAGGCCAUGGCAUUCACUACAAGCCGCGAGAUUCCACGCAGGGACCUGCAUAAAUUAUGUUUUCAUUUUCGUAUCGUCGGUGGAAGAUGUGUUAUGGAUUUAUUUCGAAUGUUCGAAUGUUUUUUCUGUUACCGGAACGGCAGACUUUGUUUUGGGACAUGUGUACAUUAUCAGGUUGUCCUGAUUUCCCACUUCUCACCAGCGUGAAAUUGUCUACAGUUUUUAAUUAAUUCAGCUUUGAAUGCGUUGUUGUAUUCUCAGAACAUUCUGUUUCUGCAACAUGUGAUGUCUCCACAGAGUAACACCACUGAACAGUAUUGCACAAAUAAAAGAUAAAGCGGUAAA